AACUUCCGGCAUGCAAUGCGAGAGACUCCUUGUCCUCCUGAUUUGCCCCCCGGCUCCAAGCCUGACGAUUGGUUAGGUGGGCUGCUUGUCAGACCAAAGUCUGGUUCUGAUUGGUCGAGUUCCGAGCGGGGCUCCGAGCUCCAGGCCCAUGGGUCCCGGCACAGCGCUCCAGCAGGCAACAUGGCUGUCCUUGGAGUGCAGCUGGUGGUGACGUUGCUCACCGCCACCCUCAUGCAUAGGCUUGCGCCUCACUGCUCCUUCGCGCGCUGGCUGCUCUGCAAUGGCAGUCUCUUCCGAUACAAGCACCCUUCCGAGGAAGAGCUUCGGGCCCUGGCGGGGAAGCAGAGGCCCAGAGGCAGGAAGGAGCGGUGGGCCAAUGGCUAUAGUGAGGAGAAGCCGUUAUCCGUGCCCCGUGACACCCCUUUCCAGCUAGAGACCUGUCCCCUCACAGCCGUUGAUGCCCUCGUCCUGCGCUUCUUCCUGGAGUACCAGUGGUUUGUGGACUUCGCGGUGUACUCGGGUGGCGUGUACCUCUUCACAGAGGCCUACUACUAUGGGCUGGGCCCGGCCAAGGAGACCAACAUCGCUGUGUUCUGGUGCCUGCUCACCAUCGCCUUCUCUAUCAAGGUGUUCCUGACCGUGACCCGGCUGUACUUCAGUGCAGAGGAGGGGGGCGAGCGCUCAGUCUGCCUCACCUUCGCCUUCCUCUUCCUCCUCCUGGCCAUGUUGGUGCAGGUGGUGCCGGAGGAGACCCUUGAGCUGGGCCUGGAGCCAGGCCUGGCCAGUAUGACCCAGAACUUGGAGCCACUUCUGAAGACACAGGGCUGGGACUGGGCUCUUCCUUUGGUCAAGCUGGCCAUCCGCGUGGGGCUGGCGGCAGUGGGCUCCAUGCUGGGUGCCUUCCUCACCUUCCCAGGCCUGCGGCUGGCCCAGACCCACCAUGAUGCACUGACCAUGUCGGAAGACCGGCCCAUGCUGCAGUUCCUUCUGCACACCAGCUUCCUGUCCCCCCUGUUUGUCCUGUGGCUCUGGACCAAGCCCAUGGCGCGGGACUUCCUGCACCAGGCUCCCUUUGGAAGCACGUCCUUUUCUCUGCUGUCCGACUCGGCCUUCGACUCGCUGCGUCUCUGGAUGCUGGUGGCACUGUGCCUGCUGCGGCUGGCGGUGACCCGGCCCCACCUGCAGGCCUACCUGUGCCUGGCCAAGGCUCGAGUGGAGCAGCUGCGGCGGGAGGCCGGCCGCAUCGAGGCCCGAGAGAUCCAACGGCGGGUGGUGCGGGUGUACUGCUACGUGACAGUUGUGAGCCUGCAGUACCUGACUCCGCUCAUCCUCACACUCAACUGCACGCUGCUGCUCAAGACGCUGGGCGGCUACUCCUGGGGCCUGGGUCCCGUCCCCCCGCUGUCUCCCACCCCGUCCUCAGCCCUCGAUGGCCCGGUCGGCCCCGAGGAGGACGAGGCCCGGCAGACCGUGGCCCUGAUCGCCGGGGUCCUGGGCAGCCUGCUCACGCCACUCUUCCUCCGCGGCGUCCUCGCCUUCCUCAUCUGGUGGAUCGCCACCUGCCAACUGCUCUCUAGCCUCUUCGGCCUGUACUUCCACCAGCAUCUGGCGGGCUCCUAGCCCGCCUGCAGACACUCCUGCAGCCCCAAGGUCUGGUCCUGGGCCAGCGGGGCGCGGGCCACCCCCUCAGUGUCCCCAGGUGCAAUGUGCUCCUGGGAGUCCCAGAUGCGUCCGCUGUGCCA